CCAGGAGAUGGUCUCUGCUCUUGCCUUGGUGACGCAGAUACUGACGUCUAGGGUCACGUUCCUAUCCGGGAAGCUCCGCCUUUUCCUUCUGAGUCCAGAAGCCGGUCCCUUCCGCCGCUCAGUCGUCGCCGCAGCAGCUCUUUGAAGGAUGAAGAUCUGGAGCUCGGAACACGAAUUCGGGCAUCCAUGGGAUACUGUAAUAAAAGCUGCAAUGAGAAAAUACCCCAAUCCUAUGAACCCAUCAGUGGUAGGAGUUGAUGUCCUGGAUCGAAACCUUGAUAAUCAAGGAAGAUUACAUAGUCAUCGCUUACUUAGUACAGAAUGGGGUCUACCAAAUAUUGUAAAAGCUAUUUUGGGAACAAAUAGAACUGUUACUUACAUUAAAGAACAUUCAGUAGUUGAUCCAGUGGAAAAGAAAAUGGUAUUGAGCUCCACAAAUAUAACGCUUACGAAUCUUGUAUCAGUGGACGAACGAUUAGUUUAUACACCUCAUCCUGAAAAUCCUGAAAAGACUCUUCUAACUCAGGAAGCAAUUAUUACAGUAAAAGGUGUUAGUCUCAGUAGUUACUUGGAAACUUUAAUGGCCAACACAAUAUCGUCUAAUGCUAGAAAGGGGUGGGAUGCUCUUGAAUGGACAAUUCAACAUUCUGAAAAUGUUCUAAGUUAGCAGUCUCUUUCUACAGCUGCAUUUUGUACUAACUAGUGGUAAUGUCAGCAUUUGUUAUCUUGGUAUAGCAUUUCAGCUUCUAGCAAGUACAUGCAUGUUGUGGUGAUGUACCUUUAAAAAGUUGCAUGUUUUUAUAUGUAUAUACACACAUUGCAUAUAGAGGAACAGUGUCCUUAAUUCCUUAAUUAUGGAAUCAGGGCUCCUUUGGUUUCUAAAUACUUUGUCAUAGGAAGAUUCUUAAUCCAAGGGGAACAAUUUAAAGUUAUUUUUAUAUUCUUUGUUGUUGCUUUUUGUGUAAAAAAGAUUAUUAGAAUACUGGAGGAAACUUCUUUUCUGACAUUUUUAUGUUGAAUCGGUUGAAGAGCUCUAUUGUAUCAGUACCUGUCAUAUCAGAUGGAUUAUGUUUCAGGUCUGGGCAUUGCAAGACUAGAUGCAAGACUGCUGUAGAAAUAUGACGCCAACUGUAUUUAGUUAAUUGAUUGAUUAUGUGCCAAGAAGUCAUUAUCAACUUUUAACAAUUACAUAGAUUUUUCUGCAUGGUGAUCUCUUAACAGAAUAUUGUAAUACAGCUUGUGCUAAAAGCUGUACAAAUACAAUCAGUGUACUCUGAUUGUAAUCUAUAAGUAUAUAGAUUCCAGCUGCUAGAAUUUGACAGAGAUAGAUGGAUGCUAUCCAAAACAUCCUCAUGAGGGAGCAGCCAAUUCUCAGGUUAUUUACAUCUCAUGCCUUGCCUUUCUUGACAAUGCAGUGGGAAAGAAGUGGGGAAGGUAGCAGACUACAUACAUGGCAUGAUAUAUCUAAGUCAGGCUGUAUGUACUGUAUUUACCCCAUAGAAAGACAAGAUUGCUUCCUCCAAAUAAUUAGGGGGUUGGAAUUAAAGUUAUCAUUUUGGAGAUUGGGCUUUAUUUAGAAAGGGCUACUUGUCUGAUGAAUGUAACUCUUGUGACAUCUAAAUAGUUCUCUCCUUUCUUUCCUUCACCAACAGUUGCCUCCUUCCUUGACCUCGUCUCCUUCCUUCCUUCCUUCCUUCCUUCCAAUAUGAUUCUUCAUCUGGAGAGUGGUUUAUGUGACAGAAUGUUUGAUAUAUGCAGAUGGAUGGAUGAAUGGAUUAAUUUGCCUUACAGUCUAUUGAUUUUAGAAAGUUAUUCAUUCAGUAGCCCCAGUUUUGCCUAUUUCUGGAGUGUGAUUUUUUUUGUGUUCAUCACAUAUUCAAGCCUGUAAAACACUCAUAUUUAUUGGCAAUGUGGGAAAUUUCCAGCUGGUGAGUUAACCUGGUUUAAAUGUAAACCCUGGGCACAAAAUUUUGUCUAGAAAUAUAUUUUUCUAUCUACUUAUUUUGAAAAUUGGUAGCCUUGGGGAACCUUGUCUUCAAUUCAACACUGUCUUCCUUUGGAUAAACGCAGUAGAUAUUGUUAUCUUCAUUAUUUACAGAUAAAUGACAGCUUUUGUGCUUUUUAAGUGAACAGUCAUACAGAACCUUUUGGUUCCACUUGCAUCUAAUUCAACCUAAAAUGAUUAGCAUAUUCUUGAGAUUAAAACAGCUUUCUCUUUUUCAUUCUCCUUCCAUAUAAGGAAAAACUAGAACUUUCUAGUUAUAAUUUAUAAUUAUGUUUGUAUCUAGAUUAAUACAAUGAAUGGCAUAAAGAACCAGUUGCUGUUCAUUGGAAUGCGAUGAACUGCAGCUCAUUAACUGAGAUGUUACUUGAAUUCACACUAAUAAAGUAAUAUUUUCCAAAAUAAAAGUAUUGAUUUUGUUUGUCUCCAAUUGAAUAACUUGUUUUUAAAGGUACAUAUUUUAGUUUCUGAUAAAAUUGUCAGUUAUCUAUAGAAAUAAAUAUAGAUAGGGCCCUUUUUACAUUUUUUUAUCAACUUGGAAUAGAAUAAUUUAAUUUCUUUGCUUAAUAUCCUAAUUUAUAGGUAAUUAAAAUUUAUACAAAGAUGGUGCAAUAUUGUAAUUUCUUUUAAAACUGUGAUUUUUGGAGUGUGUGUAUAUAGUAUGAAAAUGGUACAUGCUCACCGUAUAUUUUUAGUUGCCCUUAAAUUAAAAACAUUAAUGUGUCAAUUUUGUACUACCAUCAUAUGCAUAAACAUAUUAAAGGUGCAUGUUUAUUGGCAAAUCUGCUUGCUUACAGUGUAUAUUAAUACACUACUUGGAAGUACAUUGCAAACGAAUUCUUCGUCAGGAUUGCUCUGCCCAUAACUAACUUAAUUAAAAGUAAUUUAAUUUAUGUGUCUCCUUCAACUGCUAGAAAUGAAAGAGUAACUGUUCAUUGCAACAUAAACUUCGGAAUUCAGACAUUCGCUUAUUUAUCAGUAUAAUUGGAAUUUGCUGGAAUCAAAUUGUUAUUUCACUUCCUAGAAUUUAUUUAAAUACACAUCCCCAAAUUUUAUUUAACCUGGAAUUUUGUUGACAUAGAUGAGAGAUUUGAAGUAAUAUUUAAAAUUUCUGAAAAUUGAUAUAUUGCAAGUAUCUUGCACUGUAAGAAUGCAACAGUUCACGCUGUGUUUUGCAAUCAACCAGUGAAUGUCUUCUUUCAGCAUGUUAUUUUUCUAUGUUGAUGAUUAAUUUUCAUCAUUUUUAAAAAGAUUUUAUUUAGAAAUUUUAAAAGUAGAUCUGAACUGUGUAAUUUGCAAAGCUGAAGCAUGUUCAGAUAGGUAGUAGUUUAAAGAUGGUUGAUUUAGAAUAAAAAAUGUUGAAAUGUUUGCUGGCAUCAAAAAAUAUGGAAAUAUUAACAAUGAAUAUAGUUUGCAAAAAUGUGAAACUACCUGAGAAAAUAUAUAAUUGAUCUGGAUGCUCUUUAAUAAUUAUGCAAUUUGUGUCAUCUCUCUACCAUUAAGCCUUUUAUUAAGAGAUACUGUAAUACUGAAUUUAGAUAAUGACCUCACCCUAGAUUCUUUUGGGAAAAGUCAUGGCAGAUAAGUUAUCAUAAAUUCAGGAUCAGUUAUACUGUUGCAGGCCUAAAGUUGGAGUAUGGAGAGUUCUUAAGGCUCAGCCUUGGAUCUGCUAUAUUUACUUGGCGCAUUUUUCCUCACAUAAUUAAACUGCUAUUAAGAAUUCAUAUUUUUGCAAUUUAGGGACAAUACAUGCAAAUAGUACAAUAAUUUAGCAGAUGAAGACAGAGUACCAUCUGAUUAUUUUUUUAAUAAAAGCAAAAUUCCUGAUUUGAGUCGUAGGUUUUGCCGUUGUCAUAGUAAGCGGGGCAUAGGUAAGCAAUUCUAAUAAAGUUUUCUAUUCCUACCUCACAUAUUUUUACAGAACUAUAGUAAACUUGGUAUCUGGAGUAUGUGCAGGUAGAACGUAGUUGAUCUUGAUUACAUUAAAAAAAGAUAGGCUUGGAUAUGGUUAGCGCUUGAUGACAAAUUGUUGCAAGUAAAUUGUUGCCAGUUAAUUCACUGCGUGUACUUAUGACAUGACUGUUACUUCAUGUUGAUGAGCUUUUAGGUGUAGGUUUAGCUCUCUAAGGUAAUUUGAUUCUAAGUAUUUAUGAUACUUUAAAAAGUCUGAAAUUUUAUUGAACAUAAUUGGCAGUUAUUCAUUUUCUAUAAGUUUAUCUAAGUGGCAAUAAAUGACUAAUUGGAAAUCAUUUCGAGCUAGAAGUAACACUUUAGUUGAGCUAUUUAUAAUCUACCUAAGUGCCCUUGAUGUACAAGUUUUUGUAUUAACUUCAAAGAUCAAAAUAUUAGUAAAACAGCACUAGCUAUAUAUGAAUAUUCAAUAAUCAUACAUUAGGUAGGAUUUUUUAUUAGUUUUAAAACAUUUCUUCAAUUAAAAUUUUAGAAGAAAUUUAUUUCAAGAACUGCAGGGCUGUGAACCUGUUGGAAGAUUCUGGAUUCAUAGCCCAUUGUGUUCUUCACCAUGCUUUGUAGUGUCUUCUUUUAAUCUUUGGUGUUUAGGGAAUUUCUCAAAGUUGGAAAUAACUAGCAAUUUUUCCUGAGGUCUGAGCUUUUGAGCUUAAAACUGGCUUUUGAAGGACUCAGGGACCGUAGAAUUCUUACGUAGCAUUAUUUUCUAGGACUAGCCCUUGAAGUAUUAUAUAAAUUCCGGAAGGGAGAAAAAGAAAUCAGAGCAAGGAAUUUUCUCAUUUAGAAAAAGCAAAAAGAUACUCUAAUGUAUUUUCUUUGAUGAGAUUGUGUGGUAGUGGCAAGUAUAGUAAUUCCAGUAUUCUUACUAUUGUGGUUUGUGGGGGGGAAAAAUCACAACUUUUUGAUUAGAACUUGGGUCAUUGAUAUGUUUUGUUCUGGAAAUAUUUGUAAAUCAAUCUGUCUUUAACAGUCAUCAAGAAAUGUUUGAAACUUCAUAUUUGAUUUGCUGGAUUGAGAAAGUUAUUCAUUGCCAUUCUUGGUAUGCAAUCUUGUAAUUUAAUUGGCAAGGGCAUAUUUUUUACAUAAAAAUUGUGUCCAUGGGUUAAAAAUUAAAGAUUUUCAAAAGAAGUUAAAAUUAAUGACAUUUCUUAAGAGAAGGAGGUGCAAGCAAUAUAUUAUUAAUAUAUAUAAUAAUAUAUAUAUUAUAGAAACUUUUUCAUAAUCUUCAGUAAUUUCAGAAACUAAUUGCUUUGCUUUUGAAACUUUUUGAGUUCUGCCAGAGGAAAGUUUUACAUGCUUAGAAUUGUUUCCAGUCAGUCAAAUAACCUUUUCUUUUU